CGCCACCGUCCGCAAUUGCAGUUUAUCUCCAAAAAAAGGGUCGGAUUAUUUAAGUUUCUAACAAAAAUAUAGCAUUCCGAUCGCCGUGACCAUGCCGCCGGAGUCCAGCAGCAGCAGGUUUCUACCUACCACCAAGCUGUACAUCAACGUAAGCAUUCUAUCGAUUGCCCUCAACGCAACAUAUUUCUCCUAUCUAAUCCACGGCGGAAAACUGUACGACGUGGGAAAAUGUUGGUCAUCCUACGUUAUCCUAUUGCUGCCUACAAUCGAACUGCUCAAACAUCAAUACGUUCGUAAAGUUCUACAGCUGGAGGCAGCAGCUUACGGAUCGACGAAACCCUCAGGUAGCAAAUAUCAAUCGAAACGGGUUUCCCCACUGAAGGAAUUUGGCGGUAUACUUUUCGUAAUGGCCCUUUCGGUCCUAUUUUACGGUUUCAUCUGCUUGGUUUUGGGUGCACCAAUAGAGCAGUACGAGGAAACCGCCGCCCUUGCGGCCACUUUGAGUGUGCUGACCAUUUUCCCUAUAAUUUUGUUUAUCGGUUAUUCGGAAACCUUACAGCUACUGUUCUCGGAAACAUUUGAGCUGCGUACACCGCUCAGCGCUUCCUAUUUGACGCUUUUGAAGAACAAUUGCAUUGGAGUGAUCUUGGGUGCUUGGGGCGCCUCCGUCGUGGCUCCACUGGAUUGGGAUCGACCCUGGCAGGUCUAUCCGCUGCCGAAUGUGGUGGGUGCGAUCGGUGGUGCAUUUGGAAUGAGUGUUUUUACUCUGCUUAGUGCUACGUACUUUGCACUUUGCAAGAGCGGACGAAAGAGGUCUAUGGUGUAGGUCUUUCGAUGGAGUACUAAAGCGAUGGCUCGUGAAGAAGCAAAUCCAAUCGCAAUCUAGUCAAUCGCUAGGGAGUUUGGGGAUAAUAAUUUAUCUCCUUAUUUAAAAAUAACGCACUUAACUUUAUUUGCCGACAAAUCCAAUAGAGUAUUAGUAGAAUAAUACGUAUCUUACCACGUUUAUAAUAAAACUAAAAU